CCUCAUUCCAAAGUUUUCCUUCAGUCGUAUGAGGCAUAUCUUCAUUCCUGUCUGCCGUUCCCAUUCAGAUUUUGAGAAGGCCGAGGAUUGAUGAAGAAAGAGUAUACUGUCAGAAUAUUUCCCUUGAUAUUCAUGAUAUAGAAGUAUGGAUCAAGAAAUCCGUUUAGGUGUGAUUCCAGCAGAUCAAAGGAUUACCUUGUCUUGGAGCAAUAUCAACGUGACCUUUACACCAGGCAGAGGAUUGUUGGACAAGGUGAGAGGGCGCCCUUCGCCUCCAUCGACACGCAUUCUGAAAGAAGUAUCUGGUGUUGCCAAGCCAGGAAGACUCAUGGCACUAAUGGGAGCGAGUGGCGCAGGAAAAACCACUUUGCUGAACGUACUGACUAAUCGAGGUAUCUCUGACCUAGAGGUGACUGGGAAUGUACUGCUAAACGGGCAACGCAUGAGUGAGCUGGGCCCAGCAUUGAAUGAACUGAUCGGCUAUGUUCAGCAAAACGACAUUCUUCCACCGACACUGACCGUGAGGGAAUACCUGGUAUUUACGGGUACGAUGACGAUGUACAAACGACUGACCUCGCAAGAGAUCUACAACAAAGUCGACGAAUUGUUAACACAGUUUUCUAUGUUAGAUUGUGCUGACAGUUUGAUCGACGUGGGAACAUUCUGCAUAUCUGGGAGUGAACGCAAACGGCUUUCUGUUGCCUGCAAGCUAUUUGGUGAGAGACGAUUGUUAUUUCUUGACGAGCCGACUACUGGUCUUGAUUCCUACGUGGCUCAGCUCCUCAUUGGUAACCUACGUUCCUUGGCCGACCUCGGGUACAACAUUGUCUGUACUAUUCACCAACCAUCAUCACAGGUCUUCAACAUGUUUGAUCAACUAUUCCUUUUGGCAGACGGACGCUGUGUUUAUUUCGGUGAACGAGAAGAAGCUGUCCCCUAUUUCUCGAUGUUGGGAUAUACGUGCCCGGACACCUUUUCCCCGGCGGACUAUUUGAUAGACCUCCUGGCUAUUAAACCAGGGAGGGAAUGUGCAUGCUUAGAUAGGGUCGAGAGCAUAGCUAAUGCCUUCUCGGAGAGUACAAUGGCCAAGACUGUACACGACCUGCUGUGUGAGGAGUAUGAACGUGUUGGAGACAAUGAAAGCAUUCAUUUAGAAAGCAGUGUUUCAAAAAGCAAACAGGCACCAAGGAUGUCUCAGUUCAUUUAUCUCUUUUGGAGGUGUUCGAUUGGUCUCUGGCGGUACCCACUCCUCAUUCUACUUCGUUUCUUGCUAAUCACAUGCGCAUGCGUGCUACUGAUGGUGAUAUACGUGCAUCCAGAUGACACAUACACAGAGUCACGUGCUAAUGGCAUCCAGGGACUACUAUUCUUUAUGUCAUCAUUUUUCAUCAUAUUCAAUUCUCUUCUCAUACUUUCCGUGUUACCCAGCGAUCUGCCGUUGAUUGUACGAGAGCACAGGGACGGACUAUACCAUCUCAGUUCAUAUUAUAUUACCACUUUCCUCGUACAGAGUAUUAUAGGAUCGUGCUUCAUGAUUGCGUCGACAUGCGCAGUCUACUUCGUCGUCGGUCUCAAGAAAGAUCCUCAAACAUUUUUCAGCGCCAUGGGUAUCCUCAUCAUUGUCUUCCUUAUCAACGUCGGUUUCGCCGCCUUGGUGUCAGCUAUCUAUGAAACGGCUGGGAAUACAGUCUCGCAGUCGAUACCCCUCGUCUUCCUCUCGAACGUUCUCGGGGGUUACUUCUGUCUCCUUGGUACGUCUAUUCCACAUUUUCUGGACCCACUUUUGUACAUCAACUGGUUGCCAUGGGGAUAUGAGAUGUUAUCAAUUAACCAAUGGCGAGGGGUUGAACUUGAAUGCACUAACACUUCAUGUUUGACGGGAGAUGAUGUGCUACAUAGAUGGGGACUUGACAAGAACGCCUUUGAAAAGAACUUCAUUCUCAUCUUGUUUCAACUCGCUGGAUAUCACGUAGUUGCCUUUAUUAUUCUUUCCCUUAAAAUGAGAUUCAAGUGGUCUGGUUGAAAUGAUUAGUCAAAAUACUUUAAAUGAAUUAAAGUGCAAUAAAAUCAUUUGGUAAAAAAAAUCAAAUUGGAGAGGGGAAAAACUUACUUGAUCAACUAGUCACUGUGCUUCUGGGGUCUUAUUUUUCUAUAGGUAUUAUUAUGAUCAUAUUCUUGAUGACAAACUGAUUUUGUAUGAAUUUAUAUUAUUUU